AUGGGCCGUAAGCAACCUAAAGGCAUAAUGGUUUCCACUAAAUUUCUAUUAUUUCUUCCCUUAAUUUUGUUACCGAUCAUCGGUACUCAAGCCAUUGAUAUGUUCUGUCUUGAUGCAUUUUCUAACACCACCAUUCUCAAUGACAACUAUCACAGAAACGUCAAUGGUGCUUUGUCCUCCCUCAUCUCCUCUAACAAUAGUAAUGGGUACUGGUUUUACAGUUACUCCUACGGCGAAAACUCCAACAAAGUUUAUGCAAAUGGGCUUUGCAGAGGGGAUUUGAAGCCUGCUGCUUGCGUUACUUGCCUCAACAGCUCCAUGUAUGCCCUCAUGGAGGGUUGCCCUAAUAAUAGGGAGGCAAGUUUGUGGACCGAAGGCUGCAAGUUACGAUAUUCAAACCACUCCAUGCCAGGAAACGUGGAAUUGCUUCCAUCUUCAACGUCCUAUAGCAACAAAAAUGUGUCAUCGUCGUCGUCGGUCGUCGAAGGGUUUAAUCAGCGGCUGGUGGCGUUAUUGGGAGAACUAAAAGUGGAAGCGGCAGCCGGUGGUGACGUUCUUAAGUUUGCAGUGGGAAAUGCAAGUGUUUCUAUAUAUUCUAAUAACAUAAGUACAAUAUAUGGACUUGCGCAGUGCAAUCCAGAUUUGUCUGAGCUGGGAUGUAAUAAUUGCUUAGGUGAAGCUCUUGGAAGCCUCCAAAAAUAUUGUUAUGGGAAUGGUUUUGGGAAAUAUGCUAAUCCCAGCUGUGACUUAAGGUAUGAGCUUAAUUACCACUUCUUUGCCCCUGCAAAUCAGACAGUACCAGCGGCAUUGUCACAAUGA